AUGCCUCCAAGACCAUCAUCAGGUGAACUGUGGGGCAUCCACUUGAUGCCCCCAAGAAUCCUAGUAGAAUGUUUACUACCAAAUGGAAUGAUAGUGACUUUAGAAUGCCUCCGUGAGGCUACAUUAGUAACUAUAAAACAUGAACUAUUUAAAGAAGCAAGAAAGUACCCUCUCCAUCAACUUCUUCAAGAUGAAUCUUCUUACAUUUUCGUAAGUGUUACUCAAGAAGCAGAAAGGGAAGAAUUUUUUGAUGAAACAAGACGGCUAUGUGACCUUCGGCUCUUUCAACCCUUUUUAAAAGUAAUUGAGCCAGUAGGCAACCGUGAAGAAAAGAUCCUCAAUCGAGAAAUUGGCUUUGCUAUCGGCAUGCCAGUGUGUGAAUUUGACAUGGUUAAAGAUCCAGAAGUACAGGACUUCCGAAGAAAUAUUCUGAAUGUUUGUAAAGAAGCUGUGGAUCUUAGGGAUCUUAAUUCACCUCACAGUAGAGCAAUGUAUGUUUAUCCUCCAAAUGUAGAAUCUUCACCAGAAUUGCCAAAACACAUUUAUAAUAAAUUAGAUAAAGGGCAAAUAAUAGUGGUGAUUUGGGUAAUAGUUUCUCCAAAUAAUGACAAGCAAAAGUAUACUCUGAAAAUCAACCAUGAUUAUGUGCCAGAACAAGUAAUUGCUGAAGCAAUCAGGAAAAAAACUCGAAGUAUGUUGCUAUCAUCUGAACAACUAAAACUUUGUGUUCUAGAAUAUCAGGGCAAAUAUAUUUUAAAAGUGUGUGGAUGUGAUGAAUACUUCCUAGAAAAAUAUCCUCUGAGUCAAUAUAAGUAUAUAAGAAGCUGUAUAAUGCUUGGGAGGAUGCCCAAUUUGAUGCUGAUGGCUAAGGAAAGCCUUUACUCGCAACUGCCAAUGGACUGUUUUACAAUGCCAUCUUAUUCCAGACGCAUCUCCACAGCUACACCAUAUAUGAAUGGAGAAACUUCUACAAAAUCCCUUUGGGGAAUAAAUAGUGCACUAAGAAUAAAAAUUCUUUGUGCAACCUAUGUAAAUGUAAAUAUUCGAGACAUUGACAAGAUCUAUGUUCGAACAGGUAUCUACCAUGGAGGAGAACCCUUAUGUGAUAAUGUGAACACUCAAAGAGUACCUUGUUCCAAUCCUAGGUGGAAUGAAUGGUUGAAUUAUGAUAUAUACAUUCCUGACCUUCCUCGUGCUGCUCGGCUUUGUCUUUCCAUUUGUUCUGUUAAAGGUCGAAAAGGUGCUAAAGAGGAACACUGUCCAUUGGCGUGGGGAAAUAUAAACUUGUUUGAUUACACAGAUACUCUAGUAUCUGGAAAAAUGGCCUUGAAUCUUUGGCCAGUACCUCAUGGAUUAGAAGAUUUGCUGAAUCCUAUUGGUGUUACUGGGUCAAAUCCAAAUAAAGAAACCCCAUGUUUAGAGAUGGAGUUUGACUGGUUCAGCAGCAGUGUGGUAAAGUUUCCAGAUAUGACAGUGAUUGAAGAGCAUGCCAACUGGUCUGUGUCCCGAGAAGCAGGAUUUAGUUAUUCCCAUGCAGGAAUGAGUAACAGACUAGCUAGAGACAACGAAUUAAGAGAAAAUGAUAAAGAACAGCUCCGAGCAAUUUGUACCCGAGAUCCUCUCUCUGAAAUCACUGAGCAAGAGAAAGAUUUUCUUUGGAGCCAUAGGCACUAUUGUGUAACUAUCCCUGAAAUUCUACCCAAAUUGCUUCUGUCUGUUAAAUGGAAUUCUAGAGAUGAAGUAGCUCAGAUGUACUGCUUGGUAAAAGACUGGCCUCCAAUCAAACCCGAACAAGCUAUGGAGCUUCUGGACUGCAACUACCCAGACCCUAUGGUUCGAAGUUUUGCUGUUCGAUGCUUAGAAAAAUAUUUAACAGAUGACAAACUUUCUCAGUACCUAAUUCAGCUCGUACAGGUCCUAAAAUAUGAACAGUAUUUGGAUAACCUGCUUGUGAGAUUUUUACUCAAAAAAGCAUUGACUAAUCAAAGGAUUGGGCACUUUUUCUUUUGGCAUUUAAAAUCUGAGAUGCACAAUAAAACAGUUAGUCAGAGGUUCGGCCUGCUUUUGGAAUCCUACUGCCGUGCGUGUGGGAUGUAUUUGAAGCACCUGAACAGGCAAGUUGAGGCUAUGGAAAAGCUCAUCAACUUAACUGACAUUCUCAAACAAGAGAAGAAGGAUGAGACUCAAAAGGUACAGAUGAAGUUUUUAGUUGAGCAGAUGCGGCGACCAGAUUUCAUGGAUGCUCUACAGGGCUUUCUAUCUCCUCUAAAUCCUGCUCAUCAAUUAGGAAAUCUCAGGCUUGAAGAGUGUCGAAUUAUGUCCUCUGCAAAAAGGCCACUGUGGUUGAAUUGGGAGAACCCAGACAUCAUGUCAGAGUUACUCUUUCAGAACAAUGAGAUCAUCUUUAAAAAUGGGGAUGAUUUGCGGCAAGAUAUGCUAACACUUCAAAUUAUUCGCAUUAUGGAAAAUAUCUGGCAAAAUCAAGGUCUUGAUCUUCGAAUGUUACCUUAUGGUUGCCUGUCCAUUGGGGACUGUGUGGGACUUAUCGAGGUGGUGAGAAACUCUCACACUAUCAUGCAGAUUCAGUGCAAGGGGGGCCUGAAAGGGGCGCUGCAGUUCAACAGCCACACGCUGCAUCAGUGGCUCAAAGACAAGAACAAAGGAGAAAUAUACGAUGCAGCCAUUGAUCUGUUUACACGUUCAUGUGCUGGAUAUUGUGUCGCUACCUUCAUUUUGGGAAUUGGAGAUCGUCACAAUAGCAACAUCAUGGUUAAAGAUGAUGGACAACUGUUCCAUAUAGAUUUUGGACACUUUUUGGAUCACAAGAAGAAAAAAUUUGGUUAUAAACGAGAACGUGUGCCAUUUGUUUUGACACAAGAUUUCUUAAUAGUGAUUAGUAAAGGAGCCCAGGAAUGCACCAAGACAAGAGAAUUUGAGAGGUUUCAGGAGAUGUGUUACAAAGCUUAUCUAGCUAUCCGGCAGCAUGCCAAUCUCUUCAUAAAUCUUUUCUCAAUGAUGCUUGGCUCUGGAAUGCCAGAACUACAAUCUUUUGAUGAUAUUGCAUACAUUCGAAAGACCCUAGCUUUAGAUAAAACUGAGCAAGAGGCUUUGGAAUAUUUCAUGAAACAAAUGAAUGAUGCACAUCAUGGUGGCUGGACAACAAAAAUGGAUUGGAUCUUCCACACAAUUAAGCAGCAUGCUUUGAACUGA